AUUUUUUUUAAAAUCCAAAACAGUGGAGUUUUCAUUUGCUUAUGGAGUGUAGGUGAAAGUAUCAAACUUAUUUUGUUAAAGAUUUACGAUCAUAUUUUGUAUUUAAUACAGUUUUCAUGAUGAAAGAUCAAUAGAAGUGGUGUAAGGAGAUUGGUUUCUUUCGCGUGGAGCUCCAAGAGAAGUAGUGCUGAGGCCCAAAUCUGAAAAAUAUGGUGGAUUUAAUGGAAUCAAUGUGGAUUCUUAUAACGUGACAGAAAAAUCUCUUUCCUCCCUCGAUUUGCACAAAUGGUCCCCUCAGUUUUCCCCGAGGGGAUGUCGAACUUAAAUAUUUUCGAUCUGUGAUGGGUUGUAUGAGUUCCAAACUGGUGCCCGAGGGCCCGGGGAAUCAAUCAGUCGUACAAGUCUAUAACAAUGAGCGCAACAGAGAUUAUCACAGGAAUCCACAUCAGAAGCAUUCUAAGGACCCACGGGAUUCUGUCGGUCCCCCCGCGGACGGACAGAACGGACAGAGGAAUAACCGAAAAGUGAAAAAGUAUCGUGAUAAGUUUGAUCCACGAGUGACGGCCAAAUAUGAUAUAAAGGCAUUAAUUGGAAGGGGCAACUUUAGUAAAGUUGUCCGAGUUGAACAUAGGGUGACCAAGCAGCCCUAUGCAAUAAAAAUGCUGGACAGAGUGCAAGGGAGGGAAGUUUUCGAAUCGGAGGUAGCGGUCCUUCGACGAGUUAAACACAAUUACAUCAUUCAGUUAAUUGAAGUUUUCGAAACGAAGGAUAAAGUGUACAUGGUUAUGGAAUUAGCAACUGGUGGAGAAUUAUUUGACCGUAUCAUUGCAAAGGGUUCCUUUAGUGAAAAGGAUGCUACAAGGGUACUAACAAUGGUUUUAGAUGGUGUGAAAUACUUACAUGGAUUAGGUAUUACUCACAGAGAUUUGAAACCAGAAAAUUUACUCUAUUAUCAUCCGGGUCAUGAUUCAAAAAUUAUGAUUACUGACUUUGGUCUUAGUGCUACCAAAAAAGGAGCGGAUCAGUUCAUGAGAACCACGUGUGGUACACCCGAAUACAUUGCACCCGAAAUUAUUGCCAGGAAACCUUACACAUGCCAAGUGGACAUGUGGGCAGUUGGAGUGAUAACAUACAUAUUGCUCAGUGGAACAAUGCCUUUCGAUGAUGAGAACAAAACAAGAUUGUAUCGGCUCAUCCUCAAAGCAAAAUACAGCUAUGCCGGGGAGCAUUGGAAGGAUGUGACGCCAUUCGCUAAAGAAUUCAUUGAUAGACUUCUUAUCGUUGACCCCGACCAAAGAAUGACCUCAGACGAGGCUCUGAAUCACCAAUGGCUAACGAAUGCUAACGCCGCCGGCAGCAAAAACCUCCACCGUACGAUUAGCCAAAAUCUCAUUCAUCGUCAGUCUAUCCGAAGCUCCAAGAGUGCCAAGUCCACUCGCUCUACCAAGAGCAACAAAUCAAACCGUUCAGGUCGGUCCCUUCGCUCCGAGCACCGCCGAGUUAUGCCGGAAGAGAUUGAUGAACUACUUCGUGAUCCGGAAGUACAGGCCGACUUGAUGUCCAUUGGUUGAAAAUAAGGACGACUGGAUUCAAACUUUUGAAUAUUAUUAUUUCUUCACUAAAUCAGGGUCAGUAGCACAACGUCUAGAAAUACAUCAGUCACGUGGUGCUUUGAAAUCACUUCACUACUUUAUUUAGUUUCGCCAGUUUCGAAAGUUUAAAAGUUAUUUUCCUGGAAGUACAUUGAAUGGUGCGAUGGUCUAUCUUCAAAGCAAUAGGAUGUGAACACAAUGUACCCGAUUUGCAUUAGUGCCAAACAUAUACACCCGUCAGCUGUGAUAUGGUAUUUUAAUUCACGCCACAAAAUACAUGUAGUCCUGCAAAAUAGUACGUGGGAUUUAUCUUAAUCUAAGGGAUCAAACCCUGUUACGUAAGACACUAAUGAGAUUACGACAUUGAUCUUGCUUUUUGGUAUUUCUAUUUAUAUAAAACAUAAUCCGAUUCGGAUUUUUUGACUACUGAUAUAAAACAACAGUUACAAUUUAAGAAGACUUAAAAAUAAAAAAAACUACAUAGCAGUUUACUCAGUGUAAAUUUCCUCCCACAAUUCUAGUCACGUGAUUUAGUACAUUCGAUUUCCUUAUAAAUUUCAUUUCCUAUUUGUUGUCACCUUGUUUUCACCUUCAUUAGACUAAAAAAAGCUUUUUUGAGGAAAUGAAAUGGAAUAUUGGGUUGUACUUUGUGUAUAUAUGUAAAUUGCUGUUGAACAAACUAUAAUUUUUGCUGCAUUUAUGUUUUAUAUUUAUCUCGUUAUUAAACCAGGGAUUUUUACAUACAAACUAUUUUAAAUAUAAUGAAAAUGAGCAUCAUGGUAUUUUGUAUUCGCUCAUGUUCAUAUCUAGUUACUUAUUUGAUGAUGGUAGAUCUUACGAAAGGAAAGCAUGCUCAUAUGUUUAAGAAUGGCAAAAUGAUGUUUUCUAAUGUUAUUAGUGUUUUUGUAAGUAAGUAAAAAACAUCUAUGAACAUUUUUAUAACAUGCUGAUUUCACACUGUUGGUACAAGGUAUGAAAUAUAAAUAUUGCCAAACGGACGGACGUCAAACUCCGCCCUUAAUUUUAUAAUGACUGGACUGCUGAUUCGUUCAAUUUAAUACAAAGUGCUAUUUUUUUGUUUUUGCCUUAUUUGUUGAACAUUUUUGUUACCGCUGAAAAAAUUGUUUUUCUUUUCUUCUUCUUUUUUUUUUAAAUUUUGUUUUUCCUGUUUAGUGCCAUUUACACUACGGAUAAAUACGAUAUAAAACCUAAUGAUGUAUAGUCCAAGACACAACUAUAGUGCUUCAAAUGUUUGCUACGUAAUAAACAAGAUUUUUAGAAUAAGUAUUUCUGACAGUGAUUCUGAUUCCAAAUAUAUAAUAAACCAGUAAUAUUUUCUCACCUUACGACGCUGUAAAACCAUACUUUUUGUUUUGGUAAAAAAAAAACCCAAGUAUUAUUAGUAUUAUUAUUAUACAUAUUAUUAUUAUGAUCAAUAUUAUUAUUAUUCUGAUAUGUGCCUUAACUCGUCAACACUGAUGGUUUUACUCUGAGCUAGCCGUCCAAAUUCUGACUACUUAUGACAUUUAUUUUUUGUUGCUUAUAGUCAAAGCAUACCGUCCCUUUGAAAAGAAGUUACUGUGCUUGUGAUAAAACUGUUUAUGUUUUUGUAUCUUUUCAACAUCAACAUGUAGAGUGCAUAUAAGCAUUUUGAAACUUCAAAAAAUGUCUGGAAGGCGCUAAAAGAUCUGUGAUUUUAUUUUAUUCUGACAAGAUAUAGUAUUAUAGAGAAAUAUUGUGUUAAUUUUUAUUUCAAUUUUUAUUCAUUAUGGUAUCGCAGUGCUGUUCAUUGUGUAAUGGCCGCACUGAAUAAUACUUGUUAUCACGUGAUUACAAUGUUUUGUAAGUCAUCCCUCUAUCUCAGUAGAUGUUAUAAACUUAAUAAAAUUGAUAUUAAUGAUUAAA